AUGGAAGAUUUGGAAGCUAACUUAAUCCAGACACGCAAAGCAUGCAGAAUAGAGCAAAUGGUGGCGAAAUGGCUCCAUCGCUCUCGGGACGGUGCCUCCAGGGGCAGAGUGUCUAUGACAGACAGCACCAGUGAUGGCAGUAGCCAGCCUGCCAGCCGUGUCAAACUUACUGUUACAGUGUACAAAGAUUUGGUCCUUGGUCACUAUGGCUUUGAGAUUUGUCCAAGCCUUCCUCUUACAGUUGCGUCUGUUGUGGCAGGGAGCACUGCUGAAGGGAAGCUGCAGCCUGGUGACCAGCUUCUCCUGAUAAACUCCACAGCGGUGGAUGAUGUGCCUAUUGAACGAGCAGCUGACAUCAUCAGGGAGGCCGGUGACAAGCUCCUCCUAACCAUCCUGCGCUGCACGUUGGGUGGGCCUAAGUCAUCAUUUCUUACUGCAGAGAAGAGGGCCAGGCUGAAAACAAACCCCGUGAAAGUGCGUUUCGCAGAGGAAGUGCUGGUGAACGGACACACUCAGGGGAAUUCUCUUCUUUGCAUGCCCAAUGUUCUCAAGGUAUACUUGGAAAAUGGACAGACAAAGGCUUUCAGGUUUGAGACGAGCACUACUGUGAAGGACAUUAUUCUCACUCUGAAGGAGAAGCUGUCCCUCUGCAGCAUCGCACACUUUGCACUCACUCUGGAGGAGCAGUACAACGUGGCCAAGAUCCACCUGCUGCACGAGGAGGAGCUCAUCGAGCAGGUGGUCCAGAAAAGAGAAGCUCAUGACUGUCGAUGCCUCUUCAGAGUUUGCUUUGUCCCAAAGGAUCCCUUAGACCUCCUUCAGGAAGACCCAGUUGCCUUUGACUAUCUCUACCUGCAGAGCUGCAGCGAUGUGCUUCAGGAGCGAUUUGCUGUGGAAAUGAAGUGCAGCGUGGCAUUGCGUCUGGCUGCUCUGCACAUGCAGGAGAGGAUCUGUGCUUGUGCUCAGCCUCAGAAAGUGUCCUUGAAAUACAUUGAGAGGGACUGGGGAAUUGAAAACUUCAUCUCACCAACUUUGCUUCGAAACAUGAGAGGCAAGGACAUAAAGAAAGCCAUCAGCUACCACAUGAAGCAGAACCAGGUGCUGCUGGACCCUCGGCAGAAGCACAUGCUGAUGACAGUCCAGGUGCGCCUCAGCUAUCUGCAAAUACUGGGAGACCUGAAGAUGUAUAACGGGAGGAUCUUCAAUGCCACCUUGAUGCUACAGGACAGAGAAUCGUACGUUGCCUUGCUGGUGGGUGCCAAGUAUGGGGUGAGCCAGAUUGUCAACAACAAGCUCAACAUUGUAAGGAGUCUGGCUGAGUUUACAAACAUCAGCAGGCUGGAGCUCACUGAGGAGUCUGAGAAAGUGAGCAUGGUGAAAAUCUACCUGCAGGACCUGAAGGUGCUGACCCUGCUGCUGGAAUCAAGCAGUGCAAAAGAUCUUGUCUGCCUCAUCACUGGCUAUUACAGACUCUUCGUGGAUGCAAAUAUCUCCAUAUUUACCUGGGCAGAGAAGAGACAGCAACUGCACCGUGUGUCAGCUGAAGAAGGGUACGAAUCUCGAACCGGCAGUGACUCUGAAGACUCCUGGGAGCUUGAUUCCCCCUCAGAGCAUGGCUUGGACAUUGCUACAACAUACUGCAGCACCCAUCCAGUGUGCCAUGAGGAGGAUCUGGGACAGCUCCAUAGCCUGCAGGUUGGAAGAAGUGACCAGUGUGAUGGGGGAGACAACACAACAGACAGCACAUCUGAGGCUUCUGACUCAGCAAACACAGAGAGCCGGGGAUUUAAGACAAGUGGCUCCAGUGACUCUAUGGAUGCACUGGAGGAAGAUGAGUUGGAAGCUUACUUUUCCUCCAGACCGGAGAUCUUCCACUUCUACACACCAACAGUGCAGCAGGUGAGCAGCUCAGACAAGACCUUCUCCCCUGUUCAUGCUGCAGGGAGCUCCAGCAAGGCAGAAUCCAGAGACUACUUCUGUUUCUUGCAGGUAUCACAUGCAGAGGAGUCUGGGUGUGAAGACAGCCCCUCUGAGCAGAGAGGGGAGGACACUGGUGUGUCUGUGCUGGAGACUGAGCUGUCUGAGAGAAACACCAUAGGCUACUACAGCCUAUGCUACAGCACAUCCCCUGCUGGUAGCACGGAGAGGAGCAGCACCAAGCCAGCAACAGAUGCCAGUGAUCUCAUAUUGGAGCCACCUCCAGGCUUUGGUGACACCAGCUCUGAGGAGGAGUUCUAUGAUGCUGCAGACAGGCUCAGCCCCCAAGAUGCCCGGGCAGGCUUCAAUGUGAUGUCCUGGCAGGGUAGAGACAACUGCUCAUGCAUCCCAAAGAAACCACAGUGCUAUAGCUCAGAAGAAAAUGUGAUGACAAAGCAGACUGCAAGGGAGAAGGAGCUGGCAUGUGCCAAGAGCCUGAGGAAGAGGAGAUCUUUCCUGCAAACUGAUUACACCUCGCAGGUCACUUUCCCCUUGGCUUUGCCAGGCUCUCUGCAGAGCUGUUGCUCUUGGCCACCAACUGCCCCACUCCUUGCUCAAACACCAGCUUCACCCUCCUCAGAGACCACCAAAGAUGCAGACCUGGGAUGUCCUGCUGCCACCUGGGCCCAAAGAGACAGUGCUAGCACAAAUGCCUCCCCUGAACCGGUGGAAAUGGAGCCUGACACCAUGGAAACAAAGCCAGUGACUGACUUGGUGAUCUCUUCCCUUUCAGCUGUUCAGCUGCAGGGUGACCAGCGCAGAGAGCAGAGUGCAGGGGUGACCACACAGGUGGGCAGUGGCCUCCAGCCUGCACAUGUCACACCUUUCCUGUCUCAGGAGGAAACUGUGUCCCUUCCUGAAGGACAAAGCAGAGCUGCCCAAGAAAGUUCCUCUGUAAAGCCAAAUGGAGUGAGCGAGGAAAGCUGCAAGGCCACUGGAGGCUGGAUGGCCCAAGUGGCAUUGGAGGAAAUGGGAGAGGUGAUGACAGUCCAGCACAAGGCUGGUGGUGCACCUCCAUUCCUGGGCCAAGAGGUGACCUACCUUGCUAAUGGACACACACUGCCACCCUCAGCUCAAGGCCCCAGCGUGGCCUCUCCCCAUGAGGAGGCCCAGGACAAGAAGAAUGCUGGGAGGCAAGCAGUAUCCAAGGGGCUUGUGCCAGCUCCUUGUGAAAAGAGAAAAGCCCAUGGCAACAGCUGUCCUGGACAGAGCAGUGACAGUGCCUUGCCAAAAAGCAGACAAGUGGUGAAGAAAGAGGCCCUCUGGAAGGUGCACAGCAAAAACCAUGUGGGCUUUCCAGAGGCAAGCCAGCUCUUGGCAGAUUGCAGCAGCACUUCAGGGGUUCUAACUCGCCUGUCCUGGCUCUCAUUUGGGGUGAGGACAGACCUCACAUCACCCAGCCCAUAUCAGGAAAGGGUAGAUAACACACAAGAGCUUUCAGCCUCUCGGAAGACCAGUGGUUGCCUGGGGGCAGAUGCUGUCAGAAGGGAGAUGCCAGCAUCUCCAGCUGGACCACUCUCUGAGAAAGUGGUGGUAAGCAGUGAGGUGCUGGAUGGAGAGUCCAGAAAAGAUGCAGAAAGUGCGGCUCACAAACAGCUGUGGCCUGUUCAGAAUCCUCUUCACAACGAACAGACUACUGAGGUGGAGAAAGACUCUCUUCUGACUCCAUCUGCUGGGUUUUCCUCAGGCACAAUUCCCCUAGGCUCAUUGGGGAAAAGAGCAGGAGACCAUGGAGCUUCAAAACGCUCCUUCCUCUGCUUUAACCACAAGAAGAAUGAGCAGACACCUCCUGAUGCCAUCAUGAUCAGCACAGAGAGGAAGACAUCACCACAGCUUGGGACAGACAAGUGCAGCUGUCACCUGUCCUACAUCAGCUGCUUCCACAGGCCUGAUGACAAGGGGGAACGUGAGAUCACUGUCCCCAUGUGCAGCACAUUUCUAGGGCCCCUCACCACCCCACCACCCAGCAGCUGUAGUCUUCCUGCGGCCCCUGUGAGCUGUUACCCCAUCUCCAUUGCUAGGGGUGUGGCCGGGCAGGAUCCUCACAUGCAAGCCCUCAGCCAGCUGAAGGACCAAGCAUGGAUGAGCCCUGCAGAUUUCUCCUGUAUCCUAGCUUACACCAUAGAGCUUCAGGAGGUUGUGGCGCAGCUCUCUGGGAACCAAAGAACCCACCUGCAAGAUCAAUGUGCAGAGCAGGGUGCUGAGAGCAAGGGUGCCCUUGGCUUAGCCUCCCGGGACCUGCUGUCCAGCUGCCAGGAGCUCCUAAAAAUAGAGCAGCCCCUCAAAGAGCUGCAGGAGGUGCUGAGGGUGACAUUUGACUACCUGCUUCAACUGGCAGUGGCCUGCUUCCAGGUGACACACUGCCAGCAGUGCAGGCAGAGGCAGCCAGAGCUUGGGGCUGCACUGGUGGAUGUGGUGGGCACCUACCACCAGCUUGUGCAGGCUGUUUACCAGCAGCUUCACAGGCAAAGCUGCCCGGAUCUGGGUGCCAAGCUCCUUGCCUGCCAACACACAGCCCUCACUGCUGCCAUGUUUUGUCUCCUGCAGCAGUUCAGUGCACAACCAUCGUUGUGA